AUGCCACAACAUAGCAAAGAACUUUUUAAAAAAUUGGAAGGACAUUAUACUCAUUUUGGCAUUGCUCAGAGCAGAAUAAACCCUGUGGCUUCUCCCCUCCUCCAUCCCAAGAUGGUAACAUUCUCUGCCGUCACUGGUGUGCUCUUGUUCUCCCUCCUCUGUGAAACAAGUGCAAUCGUCUUACUCAACGCCACUGACUCAUCAUCGCCAACCAAUAACUUCACUGAUAUUGAAGCCGCUCUGAAAGCACAUCUGGACUCAGCGGAUCUCCCCAAAGCCAGGAGGAAACGCUACAUCUCACAGAAUGACAUGAUCGCCAUCCUCGAUUACCACAACCAAGUCCGGGGCAAGGUGUUCCCACCUGCUGCCAACAUGGAAUAUAUGGUUUGGGAUGAAAACCUUGCAAAAUCGGCUGAGGCGUGGGCUGCCACAUGCAUUUGGGACCAUGGACCUUCUUAUUUACUGAGAUUUUUGGGCCAAAAUCUGUCUGUACGAACUGGAAGAUACAGACCUCCAACAUUCCAUGUUCAAGCAUGGUAUGAUGAAGUGAGAGACUUUACCUAUCCUUAUCCACAUGAAUGUAACCCAUAUUGCCCCUUUCGAUGUUCUGGCCCAGUCUGCACACAUUAUACCCAGGUUGUUUGGGCUACAAGUAGCAGAAUAGGUUGUGCUAUUAAUUUGUGCCACAAUAUGAACAUCUGGGGACAGAUAUGGCCUAAAGCAGUUUAUUUAGUGUGCAAUUAUUCUCCCAAGGGUAACUGGUGGGGCCACGCACCUUACAAACAUGGUCGGCCCUGUUCUGCAUGUCCACCCAGUUUUGGAGGGAGCUGUAGAGAAAAUCUUUGUUACAAAGAAGGUUCAGAAAGGCAUUUCUCUCCUCGUGAACCAGAAGAAACAAAUGAAAUUGAACGACAGCAGUCUCAAGUGUAUGACCCCCAGAUUCAAACAAGAGCUGAUGACAGUAACAGAAAUGAAGUUAUAAGUACACAGCAAAUGUCUCAAAUUGUUGCUUGUGAGGUGAGAUUAAGAGACCAGUGCAAAGGAACAACUUGCAAUAGAUAUGAAUGUCCUGCUGGCUGCUUGGAUAGCAAAGCCAAAGUUAUUGGAAGUGUACAUUAUGAAAUGCAAUCAAGCAUCUGUAGAGCUGCAAUACAUUAUGGAAUAAUAGACAAUGAUGGUGGCUGGGUAGAUAUCACUAGACAAGGAAGAAAACAUUAUUUCAUCAAAUCCUACAGAAAUGGCAUUCAGUCAAUUGGGAAAUAUCAAUCUGCUAAUUCCUUCACAGUCUCUAAAGUAACAGUUCAAGCCAUCACUUGUGAAACAACAGUGGAACAGUUAUGUCCAUUUCACAAGCCUGCUUCCCACUGCCCAAGGGUAUACUGUCCUCGCAAUUGCAUGCAAGCGAACCCGCACUAUGCUCGUGUAAUUGGAACUAGAAUUUAUUCUGAUGUAUCUAGCAUUUGCAGAGCAGCUGUUCAUGCUGGUGUAGUUCGUAAUCAGGGUGGUUAUGUGGAUGUCAUGCCAGUAGACAAGAGAAAAGUUUAUAUUGCCUCUUUUCAGAAUGGCAUCUUCUCAGAAAGUUUGCAGAAUCCUCCAGGAGGAAAAGCAUUCAGAGUAUUUGCUGUUGUUUGAAUAGGACAAAUGAAAUACACAAUAUUAAAAAGAGC